AUAUGAGGACACUCUGGCUGGACAGCCCAUCCUGAUAAAGAGCUGAACCCCCCGAUUUCUACAACCUCAGUGGACAGGACCCUUCCUGGUCAUUUAUAGCACCCCAACAGCUGUCCGCUUACAAGAUCCUCCUCAGUGGAUUCAUCCUUCCAGAGUAAAGCUGUGUCCAUCUGACACUCAGCCUGACCCUUCUUCCUCCUCUUGGAAGUUGCAAGUACUCUCCUUGACCUCGUUAAAACUCACCCGAAUCCCUGAAGAAACUUAAAUGUCCUGCUCCUGUCCACCCUGCUGCUUCACCCUCUUCCUCCACUCUAUUUGCUAAGACAUGUCCUGGUUUCAUCCCCAAACUCCCACCUUAGAUUCUCUCUUAAACCAGAUAGAUGAUCUCAUCUUUUAGGGCACCCUGUAUGACUUCUCCCCAGAUGAGACGCCUCUAUUUACCUUCCUACUCACUUUAUCUAUCCCUCCUGCUCCUUUGGCUGCCCCGCAUGGCCGCACGCCCACUUCCAGUAAUGCCUAAUUACCUCUACAAAACUCUCAACCCACUUUCUGUUAAACCAGUCCAAUCCUUCUUUGGCAAAGGACUGCUGGCUUUGCAUUUCUCUAUCAGCUACCACUUACGUUGCCACUCCCAUUCCCACAAAAAACUGGGUAGUUACUAACUUAACCUACCACCCUCGUUAUGAAGGAAAAAGCCCUUUCCAACUCCUAAAUAUGCAGUCAUUGGCCGACUUCUCCAUCAAUGAAAUGACCAAAAAUACCCCGACAGGACAUGCAGUUCAACUUUUAGGCUCCUACAUGUCUAGCCUCACCCAUUACACAAGAAAUGAAAAACCCAUACACGGCCCUGUGACUACAAACACUGUCUUAACUUUCCAAGCCCCUUUAUGCAUCCAACACAACCUGUCAUCAGGCCUACCCCUAGGUCACCUCCUGUUCCAUCAGUGCAACUACACCUCGCAGCUUCAAGCCCCAUCUGACUACAUUAACUUCCAGGUCUCCCAAACGGCUACAUUCAAGCAGCCUGUCCACUUCUCAAAGCCCCCGGAAGUCAUCAGCACCUCCCUGCUUAACAAACAAUCCGGGUUUUGUAAUGGCAGGCAUACACACUGCAUGAGCGACCAUUCACCCCUGGACCCCCUGCAGCAGCACUCCCACCACUGACAAAUGCCUCCUUUCCCCGCUUUCAGCUACCCUUCUGAGUGGCUUCUAGUAGAUACAAAAUGAUUUUUCCACCAAUGGGAAAAUAAAACAGGGAGCCACUCAGCUUAUCCCAAACAUCCCUUUUCAACCACUCACGGGGGCCACCUUGGCAAGUACCCUAGGGGUGUGAGAAAAUGAAAACAACAAAUUCACACACCUUUUUAACAUACACAGACAGUUCUGCCUACCCAGCCAAGGCAUAUUCUUCUUGUGUGGAACUUCAACCUAUGUCUGCCUCCCCACUAACUGGACAGACACCUGUACCCUAGUCUUCCUAAGCCCCAAAAUUGACAUUGCCCUUGGAAACCAAACCUUACCAGUCCCUGUCAGAGCCCAUGUCCAUCAGUGUAGGGCCGUGCAGAUAAUACCCUUGCUUAUAGGACUAGGAAUUACCAAUGCCACAGGAACAGGAAUAGCAGGUUUGUCCCCUUCCCUGUCCUACUAUUGUACACUCUCAAAGGAUCUCUCAGCCUCCAAGACAUAGUAAAAUCCACCCUUACUCUCCAAUCCCCAAUAGACUCCUUAGCAGCAGUAACUUUCCAGAACCACUGUGGCUUAGACCUCCUAACCGCCGAAAAAGGUGGUCUCUGCACCUUUUUAGGGGACGAUUGUUGUUUUUACACCAACCAGUCUGGACUAGUACGAGAUGCUGCCCAGCGGUUAAAUGAAAAGUCUUCUAAAAUCAGGCAACGUCUUUCAGACUCUUAACACCAAUCUUUGGAGCUGGGCAUUGUGGCUUCUCCCUAAAGCUUGGCCCCUCAUUUCCAUCAUUCUCCUUCUCCUGUUCAGACCCUGUCUCUUCUGACUAGCCUCUCAGUUCCUACAAAAUCUCAUUCAAGCUGUUACCAGUCAAUCUAUGCGGCAAAUGCUAGUCCUAACUGCCCCUGAAUGUCACCCCAACCCCAAGAUCUCUCUCCCGAUUAGGAGUCCAUGCCACCCCAAGUCCCGCUUGAAGAAUCCCUGAGAAACAUCUCUGCAUCCACUUCUUUUCUUAUUAAAACAAAAAGACAGUAAUGUCAUAUCCCAAAAAUACGGCUGCACUACUGCCAGCAGGCCAUUAUUACAGUGGGCCAUUAAGAACUCUGUGAACGGCACAUAUGCCUCCAGACUUCCUGGAACCAGAAAACCUGCAACAACCAAAAACCACAAAAGAAGAACAGCGGGUUCCUGUCCCAACUGGUCGAUCAACUUCUUGAGUCAACAAGUGCCAAAACUGUGUUGUAAUUUUCCACCCGCCACUUUGCCCUAUAAAGACUGCUCUCCCUCACGCCUCCGGGCUGACUCCCUUUUCAGACUCAGCCCACUAGCACCCAAGUGAAUAAACAGCCUUGUUGCUCACACAAAAUCUGCUUGGGUCUUCAAUCCAGACCACGCUGUAACACACACUUACAAAAUUCUGCUGAGAAUAUGCCCGCCUUUAUUCUUUAUGCUCAUGUUUCUCAUACUGAGGGUAGCUGUACACUUUGGGUUUUUACAGAGAAAUGUGUUUUAGGGGAAUAUUUUCUGACUGACUUGUUCAAUCAUCUAAUCUGAGUUUUUUUCUAAAGAUGCUUUUAUCUUUUUUUUUUUCUCUCAAUAUAAUCAUUUUCAGCUGUUUUUCUCUUGAAUGCAUUGGGUGUCUGUUUUGGAAGCCCUAUUACUAUCCCAUGGUGUCUGUGAAUGAGGUGGGCUGUCACAGUGAGAACUCUUGGAGCUAUCUCUAUAUGGACUCUUGCUGGAAAUCUAGCAGAGUGAUUUCCAUGUCACCAUUAUAAAUAAAAAACUGAGGUUUAAAUACUGCACCUAUUCCCAUUAUUGUGAAGGUGCAGUUCUACCCAGGAGUGCUGCAGGCUUUCCUCCUGCAACUCAGGCUUCACUCUCUGAUGUGGCAUUGAAGUGCUGCUGUGGCAGUUGGGGUUAUAUAUAGGGUGCCAGGUGUGAGCUCUGUGCUAUGGACUCUGCCUCAGUGGCAGAUGGUAGGAGUCAAGAGAGGACACAAGCCACCAGGAGAUGGCAGGCAGGAGGCACCUGGCUUUAAGUUGCAGAAUUACCUCUUGUCAUGAAGAUGUGAAAAGUUUAUUUUGUCAUUGAUUAUAACCAAUUAGCAUAUAUGGAUGGCCUUCCCAAUUACCAGGUGAAUUUAGGGUGAACUAUGUAUGACAUGUGCUGUAAAUUUUUCUACUUGUGGACUAAUUAUUGUGACUGUCUUUCUGUCUUUGCAAUCUCUUAAGCAGAUUGACUGUGAUACAUGUCACAUUCUGGUUUAAUUGUGUAAUAAAAUGGUUUUCUUUCUGUUCUGUCAUUGUGGAGUUACUCUGGAGCUGGACAAAAUUUUUCUUUUAGUUAUAUUUUCCAAACACUGUCUAGAAUUGUUACACAUCAUAUAAACAUAUAAGGUGCCAACCAAGUUUUAACCUAGAGGAGGCUUUUCCUUUCAGGCUUUCAGUCAACUCACGAUUGUGCUGCAAAAUGCAUGCUGUCCCCUAAAUAUGCAGGCAGAAUUGUGUCUCUGCCUCUUUGGUGUUAUAGUCCUCUACAGUCACCUCUAGAGAGGCUAGGCCAGAUUUCUACAUACUUCACAGGGCAGCGAUUAACCAUUUUACCUCUUUAAAUGACUCUUGUAUCUUUAGACCAGAAGCUGAUUUCAGAGACCAUGGGGCCCAGAAACCCAGAGAUGGAACCAUUGACAUUUAAAGAUGUGGCCAUAGAAUUCUCUCUGGAGGAGUGGCAAUGCCUGGAUACUGCACAGCGGGAUUUAUAUAGGAAUGUGUUGUUAGAGAACUACAGAAACCUGGUCUUUUUGGGUAUUGCUGUCUCUAAGCCAUAUCUAAUCACCUGUCUGGAGCAAAAAAAAGAGCCCUGGAAUAUAAAAAGACAUGAGAUGGUAGCCAGGCCCCCAGUAAUGUCUUUUCAUUUUGCCCAAGACCUUUGGCCAGAGCAGAACAUAAAAGAUUCUUUCCAAAAAGUGACACUGAGAAGAUAUGGAAGAUGUGAAUAUGAGAAUUUACAGUUAAGAAAAGGCUAUAAACAUGUGGAUGAGUGUAUGGGGCACAAAGGAGGUCAUAAUACAGUUAAACAAUGUUUGACAGCUACCCCAAGCAAAAUAUUCCAAUGUAAUAAAUAUAUGAAAGUCUUUGAUAAAUUUUCAAAUUCAAAUAGAUAUAAGAGAAGACAUACAGGAAACAAGCACUUCAAAUGUAAAGAAUGUGGCAAAUUAUUUUGCAUUCUUUCACAACUAACUCAGCAUAGAAGAAUUCAUACCAGAGUGAAUUCCUACAAAUGUGAAGAAUGUGGAAAAGCCUUUAACUGGUUCUCAACUCUUACUAAACAUAAGAGAAUUCAUACUGGAGAAAAACCCUACAUAUAUGAAGAAUGUGGCAAAGCCUUUAACCAGUCCUCACAACUUACUAGGCAUAAGAUAAUUCAUACUGAAGAGAAACCCAGCAAAUAUGAAGAAUGUGGCAAGGCCUUUAAACAGGCCUCACACCUUACUAUACAUAAAAUAAUUAAUACUGGAGAAAAACCUUACAAAUGUGAAGAAUGUGACAAAGUCUUUAGCCAGUCCUCACACCUUACCACACAAAAGAUACUUCACACUGGCGAGAACCUCUAUAAAUGUGAAGAAUGUGGAAAAGCUUUUAACCUAUUCUCAAAUCUUACUAACCAUAAGAGAAUUCAUGCUGGGGAGAAACCCUUCAAAUGUAAAGAAUGUGGCAGAGGGUUUAACAUAUCCUCAAACCUUAAUAAACAGGAGAAAAUUCAUACUGGAGAGAAACCCGACAAAUGUGAAGAAUGUGACAAAGCUUUUAACCAGUCCUUAAAACUUACUGCACAUAAGAAAAUUCUAAUGGAAGGGAAACCCUACAAAUGUGAAGAAUGUGGGAAAGUCUUUAACCAGUUCUCAACUCUUACUAGACAUAAGAUAAUUCAUACUGGAGAGAAACCUUACAAAUGUAAAGAAUGUGGCAAAGCUUUUAACCAAUCUUCAAACCUUACUGAACAUAAGAAAAUUCAUACUGCAGAGAAAUCCUAUAAAUGUGAAGAAUGUGGCAAAGCUUUUAACCAACACUCAAACCUAAUUAACCAUAGGAAAAUUUAUACUGGAGAGAAACCAUACAAAUGUGAAGAAUGUGGAAAAGCUUUUAAUCGAUCCUCAACCCUUACUAGACAUAAGAAAAUUCAUACUGGAGAGAAACCCUACAAAUGUGAAGAAUGUGGCAGAGCUUUUAGCCAGUCUUCAAACCUUACUGAACAUAAGAAAAUUCAUACAGGAGAGAAACCCUACAAAUGUGAAGAAUGUGGCAAAGCUUUUAACCGAUUCUCAACCCUUACUAAACAUAAGAGAAUUCAUACUGGAGAAAAACCCUAUAAAUGUGAAGAAUGUGGAAAAGCCUUUAAUCAGUCCUAUCAACUUACUAGACAUAAGGUAAUUCAUACUAAAGAGAAACUCAACAAAUGUGAAGAAUUUGGCAAGCCCUUUAAACAGUCCUCACACCUUACUAUCCAUAAAAUUAUUCGUACUGGAGAGAAACCCUACAGAUGUGAAGAACAUGGCAAAGUUUUUAACCAGUCCUCACACCUUACUACACAAAAGAUAAUUCAUACUGGAGAGAACCUCUACAAAUUUGAAGAACAUGGAAAAGCUUUUAACCUAUUGUCAAACAUUACUAACCAUAAGAUAAUUUAUACUGGAGAGAAACCCCACAAAUGUGAAGAAUGUGGAAAAGCUUAUAACCGAUUCUCAAACCUAACUAUACAUAAGAGAAUUCAUACGGGAGAGAAACCUUACCAAUGUGCAGAAUGUGGCAAAGCCUUUAACUGCUCCUCAACCCUUAAUAGACAUAAGAUAAUUCAUACUGGAGAGAAACCUUACAAAUGUAAAGAAUGUGGCAAAGCUUUUAACCUAUCCUCAACCCUUACUGCACAUAAGAAAAUUCAUACUGGAGAGAAACCCUAUAAAUGUGAAGAAUGUGGCAAAGCUUUUAACCAAUCCUCAAACCUUACUACACAUAAGAAAAUUCAUACUUCAGAGAAACCCUACAAAUGUGAAGAAUGUGGCAAAUCCUUUAACCAGUUCUCAUCUCUUAAUAUACAUAAGAUAAUUCAUACUGGAGAGAAACCCCACAAAUGUGGAGAUUAUGGCAAAGCUUUCAACCUAUCCUCAAAUCUUACUACACAUAAGAAAAUUCAUACUGGAGAGAAGCCCUACAAAUGUGAAGAAUGUGGCAAAACUUAAUUGAUCCUAAAAACUUACUACACAUAAGAAAAUUCAUACCGGAGAGAAUCUCCACAAAUGUGAAGAAUGUGUUAAAGCCUUUAACAAGUCUUCAACCUUUUCUACACACAGAAGAUAUUUUAUACUGGUGAGAAAUCCUACAAAUGUAAAGAAUGUGGAAAAGCUUUUAACUAAUCUUCAAACCUUACUGAACGUGAGAAAAUUCGUACUAGAGAGAAUCCUGCAAAUGUGUAAAAUGUGGCAAAGCCUUUAACUGGUCCUCACUUUUACUAAACAUAAGGUAAUUCAUACUGGAGAGAAGCCAUACAAAUGAGAAGAAUGUGACAAUGCCUUUAAUCAGUCCUCACACCUUUCUACACUUAAGAAAAUUUAUACUGGAGAGGCACUCUAUAAUUGGGAAGAAUGUGGCAAAGCUUUUAACCAAUCCUCAUACCUUACCGUACAGAAAUUCAUACUGGAGAGAAAGUCUACAAUUGUGAAGAAUGUUGCAAAGCUUUUAACCUUCCUUAACCCUUACAGCAGAUAAGAAAAUUCAUACUAGAAAGAAACCCUACAAAUGUGAAGUCUGUGGCAAAGCUUUUAACUGAUUCUCAACUCUUAACUACAUGUAAGAGUAUUUAUACUGGAGAGAAAUCCUACAAAUGUAAAAAAUGUGGCAAUGCCUUAACUGGUUCUCACACCUUGCUACACAUAAGACAAUUUAUACUUUGAGAGAAACCCUGCAAAUGUGAAUAAUGUGGCAACACUUUAAACCAAUCCUCAAACCUCACUAAACAUAAUACUGAAAACUUUACAAACCUGAAUGAUGUGACAAUAAUUUUGACAACACCUCAAACUUCCUAACAUAAAUCAUACUGGUGAAAAAUCCUAGAAAUGUGAAAAAUGUCACAAAGCCUUUAAAUGGUUGUCACACUUUAUUGUAGGUAAGAUAAUCCAUACUGAAGAAAACUCCCAGAAGUGUGAAGAAUGUGGUGACACUUUUAAUAAAUGCUCACCCCUUAUUGCACAGGAAAUCAUUUAUGCUUCUGAAAGAUUGUACAAAUACAAGGAAUGUGGAAAAGCCAUUAUUAUCUGCUCACAUUUUACUCAACAUUAGAGAGUACUUAAUAAAAACAUUACAAAUGCAAUUUUUGUCAAGAGAUCUUUCAGAAAAUAUAAGCCUUUAAAGUGAAGAAGAGGAGCCAGGUAUGCUGGCUCACAUCUGUAAUGCCAGCACUUUGGGAGGCCGAGGUGGGUGGAUCACGAGGGCAGGAGUUUGAGACCAGCCUGACCAACAUAGCAAAACCCCAUCUCCAUUAAAAAUUGUACAAAAAUUAGCUGCAUAUGGUGGCACGCCCCUGUAAUCCCAGCUACUUGGGAGGCUGAAGCAGAAUUGCUCAAACCUGGGAGGCAAAGGUUGCAGUGAGCUGAAGUCACACCACUACACUCCAGCCAAGGCAACAAGAGCAAAAACUUCGUCUCAAAAACAAAACAAAAGUAUUCAUUAGUAUUCAUUUUGAAGACAAACGUUACAAAUACGAGAGGGUUUUAGUACCUUUACUUGUAUCACAGAUAUUGUUGUACCCAUUUUGUACUAGAGGAAAACCCUGAAGCAGCUGCUCAAACUUUGUUCACCAGAAAAUUUAUAUUGGAGAAAAACACUGUAAAUGUAAUGCAUUUGGAAAAACGUUUUUAAAAAACUGCAGCUUAGAAAAUACCAGAGGCCUCAUACUAAAAUAUAUUUUUGCAAGUGCAGUAAAUAUAAAAAUAAUUUAAUCCAAAAUUAAGUCUAUGUAAAUAUCAGAGAAUUCACAGUAGAAAUAUCUAAGGUAUUGACACUUCAGACAUUGCACUAAAUCAGAAUGCUGAGUAUAGAAAAUAAUUUAAAGCUAAAGUUGGUAAAUAAUUUGUAUAUAACUUUAAAAGUAGAAUUUUUUUGUAGAUUUAUUACAUUCAAAUUAUAUUUUUUCUUGAAAAAUUAGUUUUUGAAAAGCAAAUGAUGUAAUUCAACUCUCAAAUUACUUCAUGCUCUUCAUUCCUAUUCACACAUGAAAGCAUGUGAUUAAUUUUUCAUGCAUCAAAGAUAAGAGAAAUCAUUUCUGUUAGGUGGGUAUUAUUUACGACACUUUCUAUGAAAGAAUAAGGACAUUAAAAUAUAAGAUGCGUGAUGAAAACCUGAGUGAAGAAGCUUUUUGUGUUUAACUUAUAAUACUGAGUGAUCCAUGAAGUAGGUGUUCAGAGCAAUAUUCUUCUGCAUUAUGGUAAAAAAUUUUUAAUGUUAAAGUUAAUUAGUAGUACAUCAUUUUACUAACCACUUUUAUGUGAUAAAAUUGUGU